AUGGCAUACAACGAUGAUGCCGUGUUGGCAAAGCUGUCUGCGCUCAAUGAGACGCAAGAGAGUAUCGUCACUGUUGCCCAAUGGGUAAUGUUCCACCGGAGACACGCAGACCGAACUGGCCAGCUGUGGCUUCAACGACUCAAAGACUCGGGAAGCAACAAGAGAUUGAAUUUGGUCUAUCUUGCGAAUGAGGUCGCACAACAAUCCAAGGCCCGUCACAAGGACGAUUUCCUCAUCGCAUUCUCUCCCGUCAUCGCCGAGGCAACUGCAACCGCCUAUAAGGGAGCUACGAAUGAGGUUCAGCAAAAGUUGAGGAGGGUUGUGGAGGUUUGGAGACAACGGCAGAUCUUUGACCUCGGUAUCCAGGAGUCCAUUGAGACGAGGAUUGAUGUAGACCUUGACAAAACUAGAAGUUCUGGCAAGCGACUGGGCGGCUCUAUCUUCUCUUCGAAUACUGGUUCUACGCCAAACGAACUCGCUCCUCUGGUCGAACCCCAACAAACUCUCACAAAAUCCGCCCUAACUGCCAAAACCGCCCUCACGAACGCCAAUCAGGAUUAUGAUAAGCUCAAUGAUCCCGCCGCGACUACACCAACUGCGCCUGUCCACGCAGCCAGACUAAAUGGCCUACUGAAAUCAUUGGCAAAUGCAGAGGGCGCCGUGGCCGAGGGCAUCAAGGCUCGCAAGGCUCUAAUUGAAGGGUUGGAGAAGAUACUAGGCACAAACCGCGCAGCUCUUGCCGCAGAUGAGGCCCAACUCAGCGAGCUUACGAGCCGCAAAAACCAGACUGAUACCAAGAAAAGGGACGUAGAGGACACAAUCAUGCGUGGCUUCAAUCCCAACAGCACCCCAAGCACACCAGCCGGCGUAGGAGACGGAUCCCCGGCUGCGAACCAGUCGCCAAUUACACCUGCUCCAGAACCUGAUCGCCCCGAAGUCGAAGCGUUGACACCUCCUGGCUACCCGCAACCUCCAGCGACUGAGCCAGUUCCCGAGUUUGAUCUGUAUUCUAACAAUGGGACUUCUCACAUGAUAGCUGAUCAACUUCCUUUCCAACCAACUGCUGGCGCCGAUCUUUUGUCGAGCCUGUCAACGUCCUACGGUGUCUCCUCGGCUGCCAGUGUGAAAAAGCGCAAGUUGAAUGACAGCGAUUUCCCAGAUCUGGGUGGAGAUGCUAUGGAUGGAUUGGACGCAGACGUUGCAGAGAUGUUGAUGAAGGACACCACCAAUAGUCAUUAG